AUGCCUUCUCCACCAAAACCUUGGGAAAGAACUGGAACGGCCACGAGGACUGCAACAAACGGUGGAUCGCCAUUAAUAAAUACGACGACACAACAAACUUUAGCUGGUACAUCAACAACUUCUAACAUACCUCCUGCUGUUCCAGCAAGACCUUCCACAAUGUCUUCCGGAUUCGCGAACAGAGGUUAUAAUUCUUAUGGUCCAGGUGGGGCGGGGGCGUAUGGUGGUACGACUAGCGGAGGAUAUAGUCCGUAUACAAAUAAUUAUGGAUCAUAUGGAGGAGGAUAUGGGACACCGUAUAGCCGCUACGGAUCAUCAACGUAUUCUCCAUAUAACCGAUACAGCGGCUAUAAUUCCUAUAAUUCAUAUGGUGGAUCUUAUGGUUCAUAUGGUUCGUACGGUUCGCCAUAUAAUCGGUUUGGGUAUAUGAUGGGACCAGGUGGUCCGGGUGUAGGUCCGGGUGGACCGGGUGGACCUGAAGAGAUGUCAUUAACUCAAAGGAUGGAAGCGAACACAGCAGCAGGAUUUCAUAUGAUAGAAUCCGUGGUAGGAGCAUUUGGUGGAUUUUCCCAAAUGUUGGAAUCUACAUUCUUUGCAACACAUUCAUCAUUUAUGGCAAUGGUCGGUGUAGUAGAGCAAUUUGGGAACCUGCGUAAUUACUUGGGACAAGUAUUAAGUGUAUUCGCCUUAAUUAGAUGGAUACGACAUUUGUGGUAUAAGAUUACGGGAAAAAGACCUCCAGUUAAUCCAGGUGAAUUAACUCCGGGUAAUUUUCAACAAUAUCAAGAAGUUUCAAAACUUUCUCGUCGCCCUAUAUUAUUUUUUGUACUCGCAGUGUUCGGUGUACCUUAUUUAAUGCACAGGUUUAUUCAAGUUAUAUCAAGAAGGCGUCAAGAACAACAAUUAUUAGAUGGUAGUAUACCACCUGAGGGUGCUGGUAAUAAUUCGGAAAUUAUUACCACUCCUGUAUCUCAAACAAAUUCUUCUCAACCACAAAACUUUGAAUUUUGUAGAGCUAUUUAUGAUUUUAAAGGCGAACCAAAUGUUGAAUUAAGUUUUAUUAAAGGUGAUAUCAUCGCCAUUUUAAGUAAAACGGAUUUAUGGGGAAAUCCUUCACAAUGGUGGAGAGGCAGAUUAAGAAAUGGGGAAAUUGAAUGUUGA